AUGUUUCUAAAGCGAAUAGCAUCUUCUUUUUCAAAAAGUCAUCACUUAGUGAUACCAUAUUAUAAUAAGGGCUAUCAAAAUCCCAUUUAUAAUGAAUUAGUGGCAAACUUGGUUAGGGAUGGUUUGAAAAUCAAAGAUGUUGAUGGAUUUAUCUAUGCUUUUAAUAAUGUUAUCGCUUCAGUCAAGCAUGAAGAUUUCAAAGAGUUCGCUAAUAAGACUUGUGAUUCUGAAUUGGUGAAAGGGUUUGAAACAGGAUUAAAAAGACUCCAAGAUAAUAAUCAAUUUAUUGAACCAAUCUAUGAUCCUGAAAUUGAGGAAGAAAUUAUUAUUUCUGAUAUAACUUUUGGCUUUGAAUUGAAUGAUUAAGUAAGUUACUAUCUUUAAAAACCAUUUUUUAAAUUAGAAUUUUCUUAAAACAAAUUGGAAUUUUACAAUAGCUUAGUCAGGAUGCUGAAGGAUCCUAUUAAUUAAUUGAGAUUUGGUCCGAAACUUACACUUAUUUUGGAUUGCUAUAUAAAAUGUAAGACUAGUAUUAAAAUAUAAAACUUCGAUUUACAUCCUUAUGCCUAUCAUGCAGUAAAAUUCUAAGCGAUCAAACACGAAAGCCAAAACAAAAAUAUUUUUUAGAGUUUAAUUGGGUUGAGUAUUGAUUAAAUGGUCUUAGGAUAGAAUUAUAAUUGGAGAAUAAUUAAUAUCGAUAAUUUUCUGAAAAGAUGAAUUAUUUGUUGUUUUUAGGCUUAUAGUAAUGAAAAUUAAUUA